AAAAGAAAAAGAAAAAGAAAGAAAAAUAGAAAGUGAGGAAAGAGUUCCGCCGCAAGGACGAAGAAGCAAAUUGGAGUUUCAUCUCUCAUCGCACCGAGGCAUAACCCAUUUGAACAGGGGACAGUUUUGGAGCAGAUUAUCUGAAAAUGGCGAACGCUCUUGUAAACAGAGCAGCUACAGUCAAUCAGGCCACGAGCUACGUCAGGUUCUCUUUCAGUUUCCUCAGAAAUCUGAGCACUGCGACCCCUACUAACAAUCCUUCAACGACGUCGUCCGCCGAUCGACCUAAGAAGCCCAAACGGAAGAAGAAGAAGAAUCUUUUUGAGGUGGCCCAGUUUCUACCCAAUUGGGGUAUAGGUUAUCACAUGGCCAAGACUCAUUGGAACGGUGUUUCCUAUGAAAUCACAAAAAUCAAUCUUUAUAAGGAUGGUAAACAUGGUAAGGCAUGGGGACUUGCUUAUAAAGAUGGUUUACCAAUUGCUGACGCACCCAAGAAAAUGAGUGGUGUACAUAAGAGGUGCUGGAAGUACAUUGCGAAUUUCAAGAAAGCUGAAGGAAGUCUUGAUCAAAUAAAGAAAGCUGAAGAAAGUAGCCCAAAUUCAGAUGUUCAAGCUGCUUGAGGCUGUUUCCUCGAUCUCAUUAACUGCUCUAGCAUUGGAAUCUUCAUGUCAAUGAAGUAGCAUUCAGUGAAGCUUCAGUCUGUUGCCUUCUGUGAUGAAGUUAUAGCACCUAGACUGCCUUAUUUUAGAAAGAAGUGAUGGAAAUGUGGACUCAUUUCAGAAACUAGCUCUUUUUAGUUUUUAAUAAUAGAUAUUUUUAUUUGCUGCACCCUACUCCUUUGAAGUAUUUUGUGUAACAUCAAGGAAAGGGAAGGAUCAUAAUAUCUUCUUGACUAGUGUCGUAUAUUACUGCUUGGUGGGGUAGUCAGGGACAGCUUUGAUAGCAUAUGCUUUACCUUUGGGAGCAUGUAGAUGUAAUUGUACUAGUAACGUGGCUGAGGCUAAGGCGCUUCUGUUUGGACUGAAGUGGUGCAUUAGCAUGGGUCAUGGCUUGAUUAUUGGAGAAACUCACUCUCUGCUUCUGUAUAAAUGCAUCCUGGUCUAUUCCA